AGAAAAAGGACGAAACAAUAAAAAAAAUAAAGAAAAGAAAGGAAAAUUUUUUAAACAAAAGAAAGAGAUCAAGAAGAAUCAAGAACCACUUUGAAAAUGACCUUCCCUUUUCUUUAAAGCACUGUUGCUAUUAGUGUGUUCUUUCUUUUCAAAACUUUCCUCAAACUUUCUUUUAAGCUUCCCAUUAGCCAAACAGAUUGGAAAAAAUUGGUAUUAAAGAAGUAUAUAUAUUACACAAAACAAAAUUUUGUCUUUUCUUUUAUUGAUAUAAGAGCUCUUAAUUAAUUCUGUCGUCAUGGAUAUGUCCACCAAGGGAAGAGCACUGCUUAAGGUCAUCGUUCUUGGCGAUAGUGGGGUGGGAAAAACAUCUUUGAUGAAUCAAUAUGUAUAUAAGAAGUUCAGUCAACAGUACAAAGCUACAAUUGGUGCUGACUUUGUGACCAAGGAACUACAGGUUGAUGAUAAGCUGGUAACCUUACAAAUAUGGGAUACAGCAGGGCAGGAGAGGUUUCAAAGUUUAGGGGCAGCAUUUUACAGAGGAGCAGAUUGCUGUGUUCUUGUUUAUGAUGUGAAUGUUCUUAGAUCUUUUGAAACACUUAACAAUUGGCAUGAAGAGUUUCUCAAACAGGCCGAUCCAAUAGAUCCCGAUGCGUUCCCCUUUAUAUUACUCGGAAACAAAAUAGACGUAGAUGGUGGAAACAGCAGAGUGGUUUCACAGAAAAAAGCCAUGGAUUGGUGUGUCUCUAAGGGAAACAUACCCUAUUUUGAGACCUCAGCAAAAGAGGAUUACAAUGUUGAUGAAGCUUUUCUUUGCGUUGCCAAAACUGCAUUAGCCACUGAACAUGAACAUGACAUUUAUUUCCAGGGAAUAUCAGAAACUGUUUCAGAAGUUGAACAAAGAGGAGGCUGCGCAUGUUGAGAAAGGAUCAAAGCUAUUCUUAUUAUUUGUUUGAUUCUUUAUUAUUUAUGUAAUAAAAUUAUUAAUUGGAGGGCUGGGGUUGUUUUAGUCAUUUUAUUUUUUAAAAUUAUGUUAGCAUAUUCACUGGUAGACUGACUGGUGGUGAAGUAAAGUGCUUGCAAUAAUUCAAAGUUAUCCUUAUUUUAAAAUUAAUGAUUAACAGUUAGAAGCAAA